AUGGGAUCCCCGCUCUGGCUUCUGGCCAUUUUUCUAGCUUCAGUUCGAGGGUUUUCUCUUUGGGAAUCCCUUGCUGGGUCCAAUCCCUUUCAGGGCCCUAAGAAUCAAAUUCAAGAGCUCUGGGAUCGUCCUAGGUCCACGGAACCGGAUUUCAGCGUUUAUAUUUCUAACCUCGAUAGCAAUUAUGCAAUGAGAAUUACAGAAGUAGACCCUUCUAAGCUUGGAAUCGACACUACCAAGCAGUAUUCGGGCUACCUCGACUAUCAAAGUUCCAAGCAUUUUUUCUAUUGGAGUUUCGAGUCAAGAAACGACCCUGAAAAUGAUCCUGUGAUUCUGUGGCUCAAUGGUGGCCCCGGCUGUUCGUCACUGACUGGCCUAUUCUUCGAGCUAGGUCCAUCGUCGAUUGGCCCAGAUCUCAAACCAAUUCACAAUCCUUAUUCUUGGAAUAACAAUGCUACAGUUAUCUUCCUGGACCAGCCAAUUGGCGUGGGCUUUUCUUGGGGCGAUGAUAAAAUCACCACGACAAAUGCAGCAGGAAAGGACGUCUACAUCUUUUUGGACCUUUUUUUCCAAAAGUUUCCACACUUGAGAUCCAACGAUUUCCAUAUUGCAGGUGAGUCCUACGCCGGUCACUACAUCCCGGAAAUCGCCCAUGAGAUCGCAGUCGUUAAUGAGCACCACAAGACUUUCAACUUAACAUCGGUUUUGAUCGGAAACGGUUUCACUGAUCCUCUGGUGCAAUACGAUUAUUAUGAACCUAUGGCUUGUGGUGAAGGUGGACACAAAGCUGUGAUUUCAGAAGAAGAAUGUGCAAAAAUGCGUACCGAUAUGCCGCGCUGUGCUACGCUGAACCAAGCCUGUUAUUCGACUGGAUCGACUUUCGCCUGUAUUGCUGCAGCGGCCUACUGUGAGAGGAUGGCAAUGACCGCAUACGGGAAAACAAAACUGAAUGUGUACGAUAUCCGGAGUAAGUGCGAGGACGAGGAGGGUGACACAUGUUACAAAGGAAUAGGUUACGUCGAAGAGUAUUUGAAUCAACCAGCUGUGCAAGCAACCUUAGGGUCAGACGUUUCGAAGUUCAAAGGUUGCAAUGAUGAGGUAUUCUUGUCAUUUGAAUUGACUGGAGACUCUAAUCGCCCCUUCCAGCAGUACGUUGCCGAACUGGUCAACAGGGACAUUCCUGUUUUGAUAUAUGCUGGAGAUAAGGAUUUCAUUUGCAACUGGCUUGGUAACAAGGCUUGGAUCGAAUCUCUAGUAUGGAAACACCAAGGCCAAUUUGCUUCAUUGCCUUUGAAGCCAUGGAUCUCGCGCCAUACCAAGGAAAGUUUAGGUGAAGUCAAAACUUUCGGCUCCCUUACCUUCUUGCGAGUCUUCGACGCUGGCCAUAUGGUACCCUUCAACCAACCGGAAAAUAGUUUGGAAAUGAUAAACAGAUGGUUGGCUGGUGACUAUGAACUUGGGUAUAAAUAUUAA